GUUAGGGUUCUUCUCUCUUUCUCAUCUCUUCUAUGAACGCUAGAGUAGUUUGGAAUGGUGGAGUGACAGGUAUAAAAGGACAGGUUGCAUGGAGCUUUGAAGUUCUUAGGCUAUCAUACGUGCAGCCUCAAAAGAUUGGGCGAUGGGCAAGGGAUUCUCAACGUGAUCCCUAUGCAACUGAUACAGGCCAAUUUAUAGAAGCUGAGCUGGCAAGGUUGUUAGAGUUGAUAGAGUUUGUUAAAGGAUGGUUGUUAGUUUGUUAAACCAGUUGAAGGAGGGUUGUUAGUCUGUUAAGCCAUAUUAGUAGUAUAUAAGAGACAAUGCUCUGUGAUUGUGAGAUGAAUGAACGAAUAUUGAACUU